GUUGGAGAGUGAACUUGAAGCUACUUUAAACUAUUUACGUGCAUUUCAAAUUUGUUUAUACUCGAAUAGUCAUUAAAAUAUAAUUAAAAUGGCAAAAUUGGCAUUGAUUUUUUUGGCCGUCUUCUGCAUUGCUCAACUUUCUUUCGCAGCUCGUAUAUCCCGUGGAAGUGAAAGCGAAACCACAACUCAAAGUAUAUUAAAUUCAUGGAAAUCUAAUAUCGGUCAAUUCCAAAAAGAUGUAUCAGAAUAUUGGGAUAAAACAGUAACUAAAGAGAAUGCAGCCAAAUUGGCCGAUACAUUUACCACAAAUGCAAAGAAGUUGGGGGAAAAAACGGGUGAACUUUACGAAAAUGUCAAAAAUAAGACAACUGAAUUUGUUUCAAACAUUUCCGAAAAUAAAAACUGAAUGAAGAUGUAAAUUUACUUUUUCUAUUGAAUUAUUUCAAUAAAUUUUUGUGCAAGUAUAAAUAAAACAGUUUGCUAUAGACAUCAUUGAACAAUAA